CCAACUAGCACAACCACCACUCCCACUACCAAAACCACCACUCCCACAACUACAACUCCCACUACUACAACCCCAACUCCCACUACCACAACAAAUCCCACUACUUCAACCACAACUACCCCAACUCCCAUUACUACAUCCAUGACUCCCACUACAACUACCACAACUACCACUACUACAACACCCACUACCACAACCACAACAACUCCCAUUACUACAACCACAACUCCCACUACUUCAACAACUCCCACUACUACAACUCACAUUACUUCAACAACUCCCACUACCACACCCUCCACUACUACAAUAACUCCCAAUAAUACAACCACAACUCGAACUACUAUAACCAUGACUCCCACUAAUACAACUUCCACUACUAUGACUCUCACUACAACAACUCUCACUACUACAACCACAACUCCCAUUAGCACCUCUCUCAGUACUACAACGUCCACUACUACAACCAGCACUCCCACUACUACAACCCCAACUCCCACUACCACAACAACACCCACUACCACAACUCCCACAACCACAACAAUUCCUACUAGCACAACCACCACUACUACAACCACAACUCCCAUUACCACCACUCAAAGUACUAUAACUUCCACUACUACAACACCAACUCCCACUACAACAACCACAACUCCCACUACCACCACUCCUACUACUACAACCGCAACUCCCACUACCACAACACCUCCUACUACUACAAUCACUACUAGAACAACUCCCACUACAACAACAACUCCCACUACUACAACAACUCCCAUCACUACAACCACAACUCCCACUACCACAACAACUCCCACUGCUACAAGCACAACUCCCACUACUACAACCACAACUGCCACUACUACAACAACUCCCACUACUACAACCACAACUCCCACUACCACAACAACUCCCACUACUACAACCACAACACCCACAACAACUCCAUCUAACACUACCACAACAACUCUCACUACCACAAAUCCCACUACCACAACCACCACUCCCACUACUACAACCACAAAUCCCACUACUACAACAACUCCCACUGCUACCACAACAACUCUCACUACCACAAAUCCCACUUCUAUGACCACAAUACCCACCCCCAACUGUGUUAAUGGGUCAGGGACCCUUCAAUACUGCCCACAAGGAACAAUGUUCAAAAAAAAAUGUGACUGCUGUAAAUGA